UUGACUUCCAGUUUCCAGUCACUUUAUUUCUGUUUGUGCUAGCUUCCGCGCUUAAAGGCAGCAGCUUUUUGUGAUUAGUGGUACCCGCGGAACCCGACUUUUCCCUUCCCUCUCAACUUAACCUUUCUCUCGGAUCUUCUUCCGUCAUUACUUUGUUUGCCUUCACCCCCAGAUACGUAAGGCAGCAGAACCUCUCAUCCUGCUGCAGGAUGCUGCGUGUCUUGUCGGUUCUCUAACCAGGGUCAUUCGAUAUUAAGCAUCUCGCAUCUCUUCAGCCUCCGAUAAUGGCAUCACUUCCGAGCUUCUCGGCUUUUGGCCGAACGCGAUCCUCUGAUACUACUUCUCCUCCCGCCUCCUCAUCAUCGCAGCCUGACCAACACGCCACGCCGAACCCUUCAACCGAAUUAACAGAAGAAGAUGAAACUGUAGUCUUCAACAAAAAUGUAUCAGAAGAAAUUGGAAAAUCCGACGUGAAAGUGAUCUCUCGCCCUGCGAGCACACCACAGAUCGCCGACGAGCCCCGGAAGUGCUGGAUUUGUUACACCGACGAAACAGAAGAUACUCCACUGAAUUCGGAAUGGCGAUCUCCUUGCCCAUGUGCUUUAACAGCGCACGAGGUCUGCCUUCUCGAUUGGCUUGCCGACCUUGAGAACCCUCGUGCCCGCAGACGCACCGGCCGACAUGCGAAGAUGGUAUGCCCGCAGUGCAAGACCGAGAUCAUUGUCACCCGCCCCCGAAGCUAUAUUGUGGAUGUCGUGCGGCUCGUUGAGCGAGUAGCCGGCCGACUGGUGGUUCCGGGGAUGGUGUUUACACUGGCGGGUACUGUCUGGGCUGGUUGCUGUGCGCAUGGAGUAUACUCGAUGUACUUCGUCUUCGGGACAGAUGAGGCGAAGCAGAUCCUAGAAGAAGCGGCGGAAGGCACUUGGAACUCCAGCCUGAAUCUUGGACUGCCGCUGAUUCCCUUGGUACUGAUCUUUUCUCGCACCCGCUACGCAGAGGGUCUCCUCCCUGCCAUUCCCGUCCUAUUUUUCGCAACGCAUAAUCCGGGACAGGAGCCGGAUAUUGACCUCUGGCCACCGAGUGCUGCCGUGACUUUUGCGGCUCUCCCGUAUAUCAAGAGUUUCUAUGGCGCCCUCUACGAAAGAUUGUUUGGCAAGUGGGAACGGAAGUGGAUUGCCGAGGUACAGCCAAGGCAGUCCGAUAUCAACGAAUUUGACGACAAUGCACCGCCGGAACACCCGGAACCGGAGCAAGAGGAAGAUGACGGGGUUUUGAUGGAGUUUGAUCUGGAAUUUCAAGUUGGAAUGGCGGGUGAAGAACCGCAGGAUUUACUUGGUCUGGGAAACCGACAGCAACAACAGGACCAAGGACAGAACCAAGGCGCCGGGAUAAAUGGACACAACAUCGUCAGCGAUACAAGCAGCCUCGCAGACAUUGUCCUUGGAGCGCUCGCGUUCCCAGCUAUUUCAGCUUCAAUGGGAGGGCUCCUCAAAUACGUCUUGCCAAAGUCAUGGACUACGACAUCGGCUUUGGAACGAGGACGACCAGGCCUCCUACAGACUAGAUGGGGCCGAAGCGUUAUUGGGGGCUGCGUAUUUGUCCUUCUCAAGGACGCGUUGGUUCUUUACUGUCGUUGGAAACUAGCCCAAUCGCAUAGGCGUCGUAAAGUGCAGAAUUACGAUCGGUCAAAGAAAAAGGUUACCAGAUAACCUUUCCCCUUGGGUCGGGGUUUCCUACCUUUUACGAACUCGUGACGAUGCAUUCUAGGCGUUUUGGAGAUGAAUUGGCUAGCCAUAUUAUUAAUAUGCUGGAGGCGAUCAGAUUGUGACACGACUAUAAUUCAAGUGUGUACAAUUAAAACAAGCAAAUCUCACAACAAAUAUACGUAAAAUAUCACUCGGAAAAUAGCAAUACUGGGGGUAAUUUUAAUUGUUGUCCUG